UCGCUCCCUUCUGCUCUCCCCCCCCUUUCCCCCCAAAAAGUCAGCGUUAAACUUCCGUUCAGUCUAUGCGGACUGAUGAAAUGUAGGAAAUCUGUUUCUGGCGGGGUUGGGGAGGAAAAAAAAAAGGUUUCCCAAAGAGAGCACCAAGUCGAGAGAGAUCAGAAGAGAAGUAUGAAGAGUGGCAGCAAGGCGCCUGCUGCUGCUGCUGCUCCUGGAGAACGGUUGGGGCGAGCAGAGCUGGACAGGGAGCAAGUGGAGAAGAGUGGUGGGGACACCGCGCCGAGAAAGUAGUGCCAGUGGUUGAAGGAUGUGCACUGCCUUGAGCCCCAAGGCCCGAGGCCCUGGCCUCUCCGACAUGCACCAGUAUAGCCAGUGGCUGGCCAGCAGACAUGAGGCUAAUUUGUUACCAAUGAAGGAGGAUUUGGCUCUAUGGUUGACAAACCUGCUGGGAAAGGAAAUAACAGCUGAAACCUUCAUGGAGAAACUGGAUAAUGGUGCCUUGCUCUGUCGACUAGCAGAAACUUUACAGGAAAAAUUUAAAGAAAAUUGCAUUGAGGUGAACAAGUUUGGAAAGAUAAUGCCAGUGAGAAAAAUUCCAUGCAAAGCCAAUGCACCAUCUGGAUCUUUUUUUGCACGGGAUAAUACUGCUAAUUUCUUAUCCUGGUGCAGAGAUGUAGGAGUGGAUGACACAUGUCUAUUUGAGUCUGAAGGUCUGGUCCUUCAUAAACAGCCCAGGGAGGUGUGCCUUUGUUUGCUUGAACUUGGAAGGAUUGCUGCCAGGUUUGGUGUGGAGCCUCCUGGUUUAAUCAAACUGGAAAAAGAGAUUGAACAAGAAGAAACACUUUCAACCCCUCUUCCAUCUCCUUCACCCACUCCAUCAAAGUCACCUGGUAAAAAGAGCACAGGAAAGAUCUUGGAUGAUGCGGUGAAGCAUAUUUCAGAAGAUCCUCCUUGUAAAUGCCCCAGUAAAUUUUGUGUGGAGCGCCUUUCCCAAGGAAGGUACAAAGUUGGAGAGAAGAUCCUUUUCAUCAGGAUGCUGCACAACAAACAUGUGAUGGUCCGUGUAGGAGGAGGAUGGGAGACAUUUGCAGGGUACUUGCUGAAACAUGACCCAUGCCGAAUGCUGCAGAUCUCUCGUGUGGAUGGGAAAACAUCCCCAAUCCAGAACAAGUCUCCAACCAUCAAGGAUCUGAAUCCAGACAGCUACUUAGUUGUUUCUGCCCACUACAAAUCCAAAAAGGAGAUUAAGUGAAAAGUUUCCUGUUUUGUUGGGGACUGUGUAUGUGUAGGCCCACACUAUCUUCUCAAGUGUAGUGAAAUUAGUUGAUGCUUUAAAAGGACUUGUGAAAAUUACAUGCAGACUGGAAAUGACAGCCCAUUUUGUGGAUUGUUGAACUGUAGAGAUAUUUAUUUCUAGUACUGUACCUUUUUUAUGGCAAGUUACCCUUGAUAAAUUACGACAAUCUGAUAAAAAAGAAGACAUAUAUUUUUAGCCAAAUUAUUACUCUAUGAAUGUAUUCUUAGAAUGACUUAAACAAUAUGACUCACAUUCAAGUAAUAAUAUGUGAUAUAUUUGUAUGAAAAAUAUAUAUGAUUCCCAACAACUUCCCCCAAUUCAGAGUUCUGUGUAGCUCAGCGGUGGAAUACACCCUUUGUAUUUGUAAAUCAUUACAUUUACUUCCAGUUUCUGAAAGUAGAAGAUAAGGGGAACGGAGCUUGGAAGAGUGAUUUUUCAGACUAGUGCCUCAAUUUUGCAUGUGUGUAAUUGUCUAAAAAGAAAUUUUUACAAGCUGUGAGCAAGGAAGUGUUCUUCCUAAGUUCCUGAAAAGGAGCAAACAGUCAGAUUAAGCAAUACUUGGCAACUUAUUCAUCAUUGUUCCAACACACAAUAAGUCCCCAUGCUUGCAGACCGGAUUCAUGGAAGAAACUUGAUUCUUUCAUGCAUUAUUUUGGAAGGUUGCUCAUUAAGUGUCUCCACUGAAAUUAAUUAAUCUUCUUUUGCAAUUGAGAGAUUUUCCCUGCUUAUAUCACUUACUCCUGUAUACAGCAGUUGCUCCAAAAAUGAAUCAGGUGACAGUUUAUUACCUGAGAUGAAAUGAAAACAGAUAUUGGGUAGCAACUGUAGGAAGAUACCUGCACUUCUUCACCUUUAUAUCUUAAUGAAAAAAAAUCUUUUUUUCCAUAGGUAGUGCUAAUCAGUACAAAAAAGAAGCAUGCAUUAGUUAUGUAUAAAACAAAAAAUGUACUGCUAGUGAAAGCAACAUUAAGUAAUUUUUUCUGUUCCAGAUUUAGAUGGAUAAGCAGUAGUAGGUCAAGUGUCAAUAGUCAUUUUCACCCUUAUGGGCAGUGCAUAAUCCUUUGUUAGCCAACCCAUAUGCUAUACUAAAAGGAUUGUAAAAGUAACAAAGUACUCAUAUGUUCCAUAUGUCACAGCAAAAUGUGAAGUAAAAUAACACUUUUUAUGAGCAAAUGGAACCCACAUUUUGUAACUGGCACAAAAGGUGGCACGAGCUAUCAAAGCUGAUCUCUUUCUACAGGUGUUUCUUCUGUCACCUUUUGUGAGCUGUCAAGGAACGUUUAAACUCUAAAUCACUUUUCUCAAAUUCUGUUUUGUUUCGUAUGGGGACAAAAAAAGGUACUUGUAUUGUGUUGUUUCUCUCCCUCCAAAACCAAGUAAGACCUAUGAGAGAGGAGAAACUAGUUCACUGAAGACUCCAGGGGAAUCUCCCAGUAACCUUUUUCUUUGCUUCCCAAACUCAACUCAACCAUGGUUUAAUUUAGAAGACAACACAACAGAUAGUUGCUGGCAUCUUGCAGUGUAACACAUAGCUUGGAGGCACCAUCUCAGCUUCAUUGUGAUGAGCACAUUUUUAACACUACUUACAGGAGGGAUAGAUUUCCAUUUGAAAUCCACAUUUUUGUCACAUGAUUGCCAAAACAUUGACUCUGGUGGAAAACUGCUUGCAUUACCUGAGAGACAGAGUUAUGAGCAGGGUGAGGCAAAAGGUGGCAUUAGCUGCCUUUCCAUUUAGACAGCACAUCUAUCUUGGAAAUAACUGGGUAGAAAUGCAAGAAUCCUCAGGCAAUCUGUUGGCCUUCUGGAGUUUAUAGCAUUCUCUAUUUCACAACCUUGUUUUAUUUGGGAGGUUUUUCACAUUAAGCCUUAAGGAUUACCAACCAAGCCUUUUCUAUGGUAAUGAAGAGAUGCAAACAAGUCUUGGAGACUUACACUAGCGUAACUAGAGGUUAACACAGUGUAAGUACUUUGUCAGACACAGCACAAGAAAGUAUCAAGUGCCUUCUCGUGCAACGCUUUUUUCCCCAAAUUCUGCAAUAGUAGCCAGACAGCUCUGCCCCAACCCAAAAGAUCUGAAAAGUUCCCUUACAGUAUCAGCCAUUAAACAUCCAUUACCCUCCCAGAAAGCCAGGAUAAGUAAUGGUGGAAAAACUUUAUACUAGUCCACAAUCUCAGAAUGAGUAAUAUUUUAAUGUUCUUGCUAUACCUUCCAACUACUUUUAUAAGCACUAUUACUUAAUGCUUCAAGAUAAAUUAAAUGUAAAACAUUUGCAAGAUUUUUCAACUUAGGAGUGAUUCAUGACUUUCACACCUUUCUAACUUGACAUGAGAAUACAUUGCUUUGCAGUAGCAAAUGACUCCCUGGUUUGUUCUCUGGGUGCCUGUUGUCUGCCUUUAGAAUGGCCUUCCUAUCUAUUGUGAGUGAAGGGUAUGCUAUGGUAUGGUAUGGCUUAAGGCAGUCCUGGACACAUAUCCUAACAUGACACAGUGGGAUAUUCUCUGCCUCUGGGUUUAUUUUGAGCAUACUGAAUAAAAUAUGAAAAUAUUGUAUUUGCUGUAGAUAAAUGUGAGGGGAGGGGAUUAGGUAACAUAUCUCCAUGAUAUAUAGGAAUGCUGGGGUUUGGUUUAUAGGGUUUGCUAAUUUUCUUUGUACUUGACAACUUUUGUGCCUUGCUAGGAAAAAAAUCAUUAUUCGAGGAUUGUUUGAAUGAUGACUGUAUAAAUUUGAGCUGAAAUCAUAUGAUGCAUUAGAAAUAAAGAAAUACUUUUUAAAUAAA